ACUAGCCUAACUAAAUACAGCGCGCGCGCGAUUUUCAUUAAUCCUCCGAAAAUAGCAAGCGGGUCGAUGCACCAAAAAAGUGCUCGACCUUCGAUCUUGCCUCAACGAUUGCAAAGUUGAUCUUUGGCGGGGAGGGGGCGAGUUUGUGCCCGUCGUGAGUUUUCGUGCGCGCGCGCUACACGCUCACUCACACGCGCGUAAAGUCACACGCGGAGCCGCACGCGCGAGCCGCCUGCGAGACGCCGGGACACAGACGGAUCUUUACUCUUUUCGUUCGGUGUCGUGUGAGCGAGGACGGGCUGCUGCGAUGGCGGCGUUGACCGGAGGCGAGAUGUGCGUCAAGUAUCUGAUGUUCGUCUUCAAUUUCAUCUUCUGGAUUGCGGGGACAGGCGUCUUGGCUAUUGGACUCUGGCUGAGGUUUGAUCCCAAGACUAAAAGCUUGUUUGAAGGAGAGAACUCCCCUUACGUCUUCUACACAGGUGUGUACAUCCUCAUUGCGGUCGGCGCGCUGAUGAUGGUCGUUGGAUUUUUUGGAUGCUGUGGUGCCAUCCAAGAGUCCCCUUGCAUGCUGGGAUUGUUCUUCUUCUUCCUGUUGGUGAUUUUUGCGGUCGAGGUGGCCGCUGGGAUUUGGGGAUUUUCUAACCAGACAAAGGUUACCGACGAUAUAACGACUUUCUACAAGGAAACGUACAAUAACUAUCAACAAACCAAACAGCCAGCUCUGAAGGAAACGCUCCGUCUCAUCCAGCAUGGACUUAACUGCUGCGGACCAUCGGGAAAUGCCCAGGAAGCUCCUGAAGAGACCUGCCCAAGAAAAGAGGGGCUCGAUGUUCUCAUUACUAAGAGCUGCCCUGAUGCCAUUGAUGAAGUCUUUAACUCCAAACUUCAUAUUAUUGGAGGUGUUGGAAUUGGCAUUGGAGUGAUCAUGAUCUUCGGCAUGAUCUUCAGCAUGAUGCUGUGCUGCGCCAUCCGCAAGACCCGGGAGAUUGUGUGAGGGUCCGGUUGCCUGGGAAACUGCCAGUAUAUUUGUGUUGCAUGAUGUCUGUCCCAAAGCACUGUCUCGAACAUGACCUCAUCGGCUAAGAGCCAGUUACAUCACAGCGUCAGGCACACGAUCUCUUCACGUCUCCGAUUGACUGGAAUUCACUCUUUUUCUUAGUGCAGCUGUAUCACCGGUUCGGUCACGAGUAAUGAGAGAAACGGGUUGGUUUAGCAUUCCAAGCCCAUCUGAAAAGGCCUUUAAGUCUGACUUUUUAUAUUUUUUUAUCGUUCAUAAUAGAUUUUAAGGAUUAACCAUUUGUUGGCUUUAUUGUACUCGCAGUACCGCUUGAUAUGAAUCGUUCUUGAACUUUUCUAAUGUUUCGUUUCUGAUUUGUGAAUAGGGUCGGUUGAUUUACCCACAUCGGUGCAUACGGCUCAAAUAAAAGCCAAAUUAUUCGUGAA